AAGAAGCGGGCACGAAGCCGCCAUCGGCGGUUUCUUCGCUUCUUUUGCUUCCCCUCUCUCGCUUCUGCUCCCCCAAAUCUUCUCGGAGAAAAGAUGGAGGCGACCUCUGACGGAGAUCGGCCAUGGCAGUCCUAUCACACCGUUUACACCAACGCUAAAGCUGGGAUGGAGGGGGUUGACAAAGAAAAAGUGCAGAAGAUAAUUUAUGAACUGAGUAAAGGAUCAAAAUAUUUUGAGAAUGAGAAACGGAAAGAGGCGAUUAUCAAACAAAAAAUAGACAAUUUGCGUACUCACCAUGCAAAACUUACAGAGAAAGAAAUUUCACAUUUUCAAAUGAUUGCUGAUAACAGAAUUUUAGAGCUGGAAGCUUCACGUGACCUUUCAAAGAUAUGGCUGCAUAUUGACAUGGAUGCUUUCUAUGCUGCUGUUGAAACAUUGGAAAACCCAUCACUAAAAGGAAAGCCACUGGCUGUAGGCAGUAUGUCAAUGAUAUGCACUGCAAGUUAUGAGGCUCGGAAAUAUGGGGUUCGUGCAGCAAUGCCAGGAUUUAUUGCACGGAAAUUGUGCCCAGACUUGAUUUUUGUCCCCACAAAUUUUGAAAAAUACACUUAUUACAGUGAACUGACAAGAAAUGUGUUUAGUAAGUAUGAUCCAGACUUUAUAGCUACUAGCUUGGAUGAAGCAUACCUCAAUAUUACUGACAUAUGCAGUCAAAGAGGCAUUGGUUGUGAAGAAGUUGCUGUUGAACUCAGAAAUACCAUUUUUCAAGAAACUCGUCUUACUUGUAGUGUUGGGGUUGCACCAAACCGCAUGCUUGCAAAGGUUUGCUCAGACAUCAACAAACCUAAUGGCCAGUUUAUUUUGCCUAAUGAUUACAAUGCUGUCAUGACUUUCAUAUCAUCACUUCCAAUAAGAAAGGUUGGUGGCAUUGGUAAGGUGACUGAACAAAUACUAAGAGACGUACUUGGAAUCAAUACAUGUGCAGAUAUAUUGCAUAAGGGAGCUGUCUUAUAUGCAUUAUUUCAUCAAUGUUCAACUGACUUUUUUCUUUCAGUUGGGCUGGGCUUGGGGGGAACAGAUACUCCUCAGCAAAAGAUGCGGAAAAGUAUUAGUAAUGAGAAAACAUUUUCCGCCACCAAUGACGAGUCAAUUAUUUUCCAAAAAUUGGCUGAUAUUGCAGAAACAUUAUCAAAAGACAUGCAGAAGGAGUGUCUUCUUGGACGAACUUUGACCCUAAAGCUGAAGACUGCAUCUUUUGAGGUUCGGACAAGAGCAACCUCUUUGCAGAAAUUUGUAAAUUCAAAAGAAGACAUUCUAAUAUAUGCUUCUAAAUUGCUAAGAGCAGAACUUCCUAUCUCAGCAAGGUUGAUGGCAGGCCUGCGGAUGUCGCAUUUCCAUGAUGAUAAACAUAGUCCUCUUGAUCCUAUGCAGAAGACUCUCACAAGUUUUCUCACAAUCGGCAAUGUUGCUCCUAUUGCGGAUAAAUCUACUGGUUUUGACACCAGUGACAUUCAGCUAAUGUAUAACACUAAGAGUGAUAUUUCAGUUGAUGAUGAGAGCACUUUCUUGAGUGACGUAAGUUCCUUUUCAUAUGAAUCAUGUGACUUUCUUGAGACCAAUCAGCUGUCAGUUCCGGACUACGUCGCUGUCAGUUAUGGGAAUGGAGCAGAAAGUUUGAAUGAGUGUCCGAAGACUCAGAACAAGUUUGAAAGUGCCGAGAAAAUAAGUGAUGUCAGCAACUUAUUUGAUCGCAAAAGAGUAGCAGCAUCAUCCAGUCAAAUUCUAGAGCCUUAUUGGGUAGAUGACUACAUCUGUUCUGCUUGUGGGAUUGAAGUACCAGCAAGCUUUACCGAGGAGAGACGAGAACAUUUGGACUACCAUCUUGCAGAUAUGCUUCAGAAGGAGGAAUGCAGGUCUUUGCUACAGUCGUUCCCACAUAAAGAGAGUGCUCGGAAGAAACGGAAGUCGUCUGGGAACCAGGGAAAAUAUAUCCCUAUUGAUUCUUUCUUUGUGAAGGAGGACAAGAGCUUGUAGUGUAUGUAUCAUUAUUUCCAACAGAUGUAAAUAAGUGAUGUUACAUCGAACCAUAUAUGUUUUACACAUUUCCGUUGAUAGCCUUUCAGUUCAAUGGCUGCUGGUAUGGGACCUCUUUUCUUCAC